AUGACAGUGAUGGGGCUCCAGGCUGUGACAGCUUUGCUCCGUGGGAACAUUGUCCUGCCCAUCGUGGUGGGGACACUUCUCUGCAUGAGCCCAGUGUGUGCAGCCAGCUACCAGACCGGGUUCCUCCCAGACUGCAGCCAUCUCCACACGAGCAGCCGCAGCGGGGUCUACGUCAUCCAGCCCGCAGGGUCCCCUCCACGCGUGGUGUGGUGCGACAUGGACACCGAGGGCAAGGGCUGGACUGUGGUCCAGAGAAACACCUACACCACUGAAAUCACAUGGAAGGAGUCCUGGACCACCUACAAGUACGGCUUUGGCAACGUGCAGGGCGAUCACUGGAUGGGCACCGAGUACCUGCACCUGCUGACCCAGCAGGGCACCUACAAGGUGCGCUUCGUGGUGCGGAACAAAGCCAACGUCACUCACUACGCCGAGUACGACAUCUUCAGCGUGGAGAGCGAGGCCAGCGGGUACCCGCUGAGGCUGGGCCGGUUCCUGGGCAUGGGUGUGGACUAUCUGACUGCCUAUCACUCAUAUGGUGGCACACACGACAACAUGAAGUUCAGCACGACCGACAAGGACCAGGACCAGUACAGCGGGAACUGCGCCAACUACUACUCCGGCGCCGGGGGCUGGUGGUACGACAACUGCCGCAACGUCCUGCUCAACGGCAAGAGCUACAUCUACUGGCCAGAAAUCUGCCCGAGUGCUGACUGCUCCUCCUCCCUCAUCCUGGUCAAACCCACAGACGUGUGCUGACCGUGCCGCAGCGCCCAGCCUCCCGGGAGCUUGUGGGAGUGCCACCGCCCCCAGCUCAGUGCCCCGUUCCUGUGCUUGCCAACAGCCCUGU